CGUACGUUGACCAUGGACUUUACAGAAAUCUACAAACAAUCCGGAAAUCUAGCGUCGUUUAGUCCAGGCGCUCACUUCAUCCUCAACGUCGUCGAAAACACCUUGAUCGUCAGGCGAACAGAUACUCUACAGAUUACCCGUACAUGGUCAAUCACCGCGCCUUCCGGUACAGCUACCAUUCUGUCAACGUCAAAGUCAACUCCAUCCAGCCCGGCAGAUGGAUGGAUAUCCCAUGCCGGCUGGUCAUGCGAUUCCGAAUAUCUCCUUGCAGCUUCCGCCAAAAAAGGCAUAGUAGAGGUUUUCAAGCUAAGAGAUGAAACUUGGAAUGCACGAAUCGAGGCUGGUGCUGAAGGCCUCCUCAAAGCUGAGUGGGCACCGGACGGUCGUCACAUUCUCUGCUUUUCUCAGUGGGGUCUUCGAGUUACCAUUUGGUCUUUGGUAACGGGCAAUGCUACUUACAUACAGUUUCCAAUACAUCCCGAUAGAGGCUACGCUUUCCGCUCUGAUUCCCGUUACUUUGUAUUGGCUGAGCGACAUAGGUCAAAAGACACCGUGGGUGUGUAUGACACAACUGACUCUUACAAAUUAGUGCGGCAUUUUCCUGUACCAACAUCCCAUUUAUCAUCUCUGGCUUUGUCUCCAACCGGUAAUCAUAUCGCAGUCUGGGAGGGUAUUUUGGAGUACAAGCUGCAUAUCCUUUCCCUAGCCGGAGAUGUGCAAGGGACUUUUUCGCCUGAGCCAAAUCUAGGAUUUGGUGUUCGCAAUGCGGCUUGGCAUCCUACUGGAAUGUUCCUCGCCGUGGCAGGAUGGGACGAUAAGAUCCAUAUCCUUGAUGGUCUGACUUGGUCUGCGGCUGCAAUACUCGAGUUGUCAAGUAGGAUACCAAUGGGCGCUACACUAUGGCGGGAACCGUCAAACUGGCUUGAAACUACGCAAGGUCGAGGAUUUUUGUCUUAUGAACGAUUACAAGGGCCACAGAUAAUCAGCUUGCAGCGCACGGAUCCAACGAAGCCGAACCCAAAGUCGGGUGCGGUCCAGCUUGAAUGGAAUAAGACUGGCACGUUACUGCUAGUGCGGUUUGAAAACUGCCCCACGGUAGUCCACUUGUACGAUUUUCCGGCAUCAUCGGAUCCAUUCGUUCCCCGGUUGCGUUGUGUUUUGCACCACUCGAAGCCAGUCCUGCAUGCACAGUGGAACCCAGUCCGUAAAGGCAGCUUGGCCCUGUGCACCGGGAGUGGUAGCAUUUACACAUGGAGCGACGAAUGGAUUGGAGAAAACGGGGUAGGGGAAGACAUGGCGGAGUGCAUCGGUGUACCGGCGAACACAAAAUUUGAAACAAGAAAUAUCAAAUGGGCUCCCGACGGUAAAGGGCUUGUGUUGUUAGACAAAGAGAUGUUUUGUUGUGCGUUCGAGGUGGAGGAAGGUGGUGAUGAGAGCUGACAGUUUGCGUAGUAAGGCUUGCGAAAGUAGCGCACGGUCAACAUGCUAUAUUCGUUGUGCCUUUUUAGUCACGAAUGCGCCACGCCGACGUCGGACGUAGACCAGCGGCAGAAACCGUCUGACAUAAUCAGCAUCCGC